AUGGUGGCCCUUGCAAAUCAAGAGGCCUUGGCCCAUGAUGAAGAAAUCAUGGAUGAUGUUGAUUCUGAUGUUGAAGAAUCGGACUCAGGUGAAGAAGCUCAGGCUAAGCCUUCAGACAAAGCUAUAUACAACAAGGAGGCUAUUCUUGAAAAACUUGAAGACAUAGCCUGGCCCAAGAACGUGGACUGGAUGCACAAGCUCACUAUUGAGCAUGAUCAGGGGGAGAAAGUUGAUGUCAACGAUGAUCUUGCCCGCGAACUUGCGUUUUACACCCAAGUUUUGGAUGGCACAAGGCAGGCCUUUGAGAGGCUGCAGUCGAUGAAGGUCCGGUUCCUUAGACCAACAGAUUACUAUGCUGAGAUGGUGAAGACUGAUGCGCACAUGCACAAGAUCAAGGGGAGGUUGUUGUCGGAGAAGAAGAGGAUCGAGGAGGCUGAGGAGCGGGGAAGGCUAGAGAGUCCAGGAAGAAAGCAAAGGAGGUUCAGGCUGAGAAGAAGAAGGAGAGGGCUAAGCAGAAGAAGGAGCAGAUUGAGUCAGUCAAGAAGUGGAGGAAGCAGAGGCAACAAGGCGGAUUCACCAAGAGAAAUGAUGAUGUGCCAGACCUUAAUUUUGAAGGAGAAGAAGGAUUUAAAUAAUCAAAGAAAAAGAGGCCUGGUGUUUCUCCUGGUGACAGGUCUGGUGGUCUUGCUAAGCGAGGUAAAGAAGGAAAGAACAGGAGGACAAGGGAUUCCAAGUUUGGGAAUGGUGGUCGUAAAGGGCUGA